AUGGCUGGCAGAACGAAUCGACCUGUCUGGGAAACCUCAGACGUGGACCGGAAGCCCGUGUCGUUGUUCAGGUCGGAUCAGACGAGACGGUCCCCAAACGGCACGGACGCCUUCUUGCCCUCUGGGGCCGUCGAACAUCGUCCAGAUCCUGGGCCCAGCCGGCCUCCAAACGGCUAUAGCACCAUGAGUGGCAACGGCAGCAAUAGUACAAGUGGCACCAUCACUGGCAAUGGCAGAUACAAUGGCAGAGCCACGAGUCUCCUUUCCGAUCACGAGAUUGCCGCUGCCUUUCGUUUUACUCAUGGCUAUGACUACGAAGACCACAGGGGCACUCCCUUGCCCCCGCUGUCAACGUUGGCUUUGAUGGAUCCCAACUUGGGCAAAUAUCUUGCAUAUAGUCCUUAUCGCGUCAGCCCGCCAAGUCCAUCAAGGGGACAUCGCUUGCAGAGCCCCUUUGCUCCCGUUUACCCCCCGCCCAUGGCUACUGUAGCUCCUCCUGAACUCGUUGCUGGAGAACGUCCCACGGUCUCGCCGCCGCGUACGUCGGGAAAUGCUACCACGGACUGUCGUUGUCUCACUUGCUCCGGUGGUACAACGGCCAAGUGCUUCCAGUGUCGAUUGGCUCGGCAGUACGAGCUAUUGAACACGGCUUGGGAAGAUGAGCGCGCUCGUUCUGAGCAGGCUCGGCAUCGUAUGGAAAGCAUUCUUCGAGAAGAGGCCAGAAUCACUGUGGACUAUUACCGUGAAGUGUGGGAUGCUGAAAAGACGCAGCUAAAAGCUGAUGUUGCCUAUCUCAGCGAGCAGGUUAGGACGCUGGGAGAUGAAAACCUAGUACUCAGGGGCAGGCUCGCAGAUCAGGUUCAAGCUGGCGAGCCAAUCAUAUACCAAGGCAGCUUCCAAGGCAAUACGCCUCUGGUUGACGGCAGCCCUCCUUCGCCAUCCAUCCCGAGUCCUCUUUCGCCAAUUCUCGGCAGUCCUCUUUCGCCUCCUCCGCCCGUGGCUAGGAGGCAAAGCAGCGGCGCCGGUAGCUCCGAUGGCGCCCGGGACAACCGCCGGGUGUCCGGGCUGCCGGGCUGCUACUCUCAUCUUUUCGGCUUUGUUUUACCGGCGUCCCCUCAGAUGCCAACACAUCGAAACCCGUCGCCUCUGGGUAGAUCUGUGUCUCCUCCUCCGGUUUCAGCGCCUUCAACAAUUCCAUCUACGCGCAUUUCCAUGUCUCCUCAGCCCGGACAUGAGACCAUCCCGAUAAGCCCGACUUUCUCGCCCUUCUUGCCUUCUUCACCCUAUCCAGGCGCAGGGGCGGCGAGCGGUGGCGUCUCGACGCCGGUGAGAAGCCCCAAGAGGCCGCUUUCCGUCAUCGAUGUCCACGAGCUUGAUCCAAAACUUGAGGGCAUUUCUCUCAGGGCAAGCACCGUCCGAAAGACCACAUUCGAGGAAGCUCCUCCAGAUGGGUCUCCUCCUAGCAAAAGGCGACGUAGCUUGUCUCAUGACUAUUACAUUGUCACCAAUGUGCACGGAGAGGAUGAAGUAAAGGAUGCGAAGAAGACCGAGUAUGAGGAGUAUAGGGAGGAUGCGGAGCGACGGCUCACCAUGUAUGCCGGAUAUACUCCCAGCUGCUAUUCGCCCUCUUCGCCGUCUGAGACUGUGUUGUUGCGCGGCCAAGGCAGCGUAACUCCAACUGCUUCUUCUUCUUUCCUUGCUGAAAGGCACGACUCUCCCGAGACAGAAGAUCGCAGUGUGACUGCAACUGCGACAGAAGAGGUGGGCGAGAGUAGCGGGGCCUCGUACCCCGAUCUUUCCAAUCACCUCAGGCGAGCAGAUUCAUCGGGAGCCCUCUCAGCGGCUUCGGGCGAUGCUCCUCUCAAGGGCCCUUUGAUGAUCAAGAACAUUCCCGCUCAGGAUGAGCUCUUUCUCGCUGCCUUGAACGAAAGACUCGAGCCAAUUAGCCAGGGGCAAGAUGCCCUUCCUAGGGCCGUGCAGACACCUGUUGCAGUGCCGGCGUCGUUGUCAGCGGUGCAUGGCGAGCCUUUUGAUGGUGCGGAUGCCAGCCAGACUACAGCGCCCGACAACACGGAUAUAUCGGGGACACAGUCGGAAACCGACGAGGAACAUGAUGGUGUCCAUGUAGAAAUGGACCGGCCCAUUCCCUCCACUUGGCCAGUACCAAACAACGAUGGCCAAAAGAGGGACGUCCAUGAUCCACCAAAGCGACCCGCGUAUCGCAUCAAAUGGGCUGAGGAGCCGGGGUAUGCGUAUGACGGAACUUCAAUCAAAGCGGAACCCAGCGAUUAUCCAUUUUCCUAUGAAUAUGAUGACGAAGAUUUGCCCGCCCAAGUUGAAGCAUCCCCAACAAUUCCUGUCAAAACGGAAGAUUCAGACGACGAGAGUGAUGGCAGGAACUCGGAGCCCGAGGUCGCCAUCAAGUUUAAAUCGACGAGCAACUUUGGGGCUCCCUUUGGGAGGAGGUAG